UGAUUAUCUAGGCACUUUCACUUUUCCAUAUAUAGGAGCAGCUCAGGGACUGACAGAUCAGGCUAGGUAGGGAUACAGACUUCAGGCACAUGCGUUCUUGUAUGCAUGCACAGAUGCAAGCAUAUGCUGCUUUCACACACUGAAAUUCAAGUUAGAGAAAGAGGUAACAAGUGAAGACACUGAUAGUCCUGCUGAUAAAGAACCUUCUCCUUAAAGAGGAGGCACUAAAGGUAGAACUCUUCAACCACUGUUCAUAGUAAUUCAUCAAGGAAAGCAUCACAACCAUGAAUGGACCAGUGGAUGGUUUAUGUGAUUACACGCUGGAUGAUGAAGGGGCUUUCAUGUUCACGUCAGAGUCAGUGGGAGAAGGACAUCCAGGUGUUAACAUUGGGCAGGCCCUUGAGAAACACUGUUACCACUUGUCUGAUGUGUGUACAGCCUCUUACCCUGAUAAAAUCUGUGAUCAAAUCAGCGAUGCUGUACUAGACGCCCACCUCAGACAGGACCCAAAUGCCAAGGUUGCUUGUGAGACAGUAUGUAAGACAGGAAUGGUGUUACUCUGUGGGGAGAUCACAUCUCGUGCUAUUGUGGAUUAUCAGCGAGUUGUCCGAGAUGCAAUUAGACAUAUUGGCUAUGAUGAUUCAGCUAAAGGCUUUGACUACAAGACUUGUAAUGUUUUAGUGGCACUGGAACAGCAGUCACCUGAUAUUGCCCAAGGUGUUCAUCUACACAGGAACGAAGAGGAUGUUGGUGCUGGAGAUCAGGGUUUGAUGUUUGGUUAUGCAACUGAUGAGACAGAAGAAUGUAUGCCUCUAACAAUUAUUCUAGCUCAUAAACUGAAUGCCAGGUUAGCAGAGCUGAGGCGUAAUGGAGAACUUCCUUGGCUGAGACCUGACUCUAAGACACAGGUCACAGUUCAGUAUACCCAGAAGAAUGGAGCAGUGAUCCCAGUGCGUGUGCACACCAUCGUGAUAUCUGUGCAGCACGAUGAAACCAUUUCGCUGGAGAACAUGCGCAGAACCCUGAAGGAACGUGUGAUCCAAGAUGUUGUCCCUGCAAAAUACUUGGAUGAGAAUACUGUUUAUCACCUUCAGCCUAGUGGCCGUUUUGUUAUUGGAGGGCCUCAGGGUGAUGCUGGUGUUACUGGGCGGAAGAUCAUAGUGGAUACUUACGGUGGCUGGGGAGCACACGGAGGUGGUGCCUUUUCGGGCAAGGACUACACGAAGGUGGAUCGGUCGGCCGCGUACGCAGCCCGCUGGGUGGCCAAGUCUCUGGUGAAAGCUGGGCUCUGCCGCCGUGUCCUGGUUCAGGUUUCUUAUGCCAUUGGGGUUGCUCAUCCACUGUCCAUUUCAUUGUUCACUUAUGGAACUUCCCAAAAAACAGAGAAGGAGCUGCUGGACAUUGUACACAAAAACUUUGAUCUUCGACCUGGAGUCAUUGUCAGGGAUUUGGAUCUGAAAAAACCCAUUUACCAGAAGACAGCUUGUUAUGGUCACUUUGGAAGAAAGGAAUUCCCAUGGGAAGUGCCUAAAAAACUUGUGUUUUGACAUUAGCUGUCAACUCUUAAAAACAGAAAGGAAGUCCACUAAUGAUGAGGGUGCUUCUGAAAUCAAAUUUGACAGCUUUGCAUUCAACAAAAGGAAAUUUAGAUUUUAAAUGGAAAGAAAGAAAAGGAUAUUUUCUUGGAAAUUGAUUUUUUUUAACCCUCAGUGUCUUUUAUUAUCCAAGAUAUAAUGGACAGAGUCUGUUUUUUCAAUCGGCAUAAGACAACAAAAAACAGUUUACUCUUAACUGCUGCUCUCUUGGUUCUUUUCAUAAUGACAAAGUGUGACUCAGGUACUCAAACUAAUAGCUGAACCUCAAACCUUUGAUGGGCAAAGGUGAAGACAACUUUCCCAACUCUGACUAAGGAUCAGCAGAUCUCUUGCUUCUAAUUAGAUGAUGGGAAAUUCUGGGGUCCAAUUUCCUUACUGGAGUUAGCAUUGCAUUCAGCUGGGGGUUGCUUUGAUGGGAGAAGGCUGAAUAUCACACAACCCUAUCUUGGCCUCUUUUGUAAAAGAUGUUAUCCUAUAUGUAAUAUUUAAAUCACCGUCACUGUAUAUGUGCUGUUAUUGUUGUGUUUCAAUUACCUGUGUUUUUGAAACAUAAGUGGUCUCCUAUGAAACAACAAUCAUAGAAUAAAAAGCUUUUUCCUACCCUGAA